UGCAUUUAUACGUAAAUGCUUAUUUACUAUUUUACUCACAUAAAACAUUCAAUUUUCAGAUUUCAAUUUUGGUGGAGUGGCCCGGGCGCGACAAAUGCGUACUCGGCCUGGUACCUGCACAGGGAAAUCUCUUGCGUUUGCUUUGCUAUCGCUUUGAGCUGUUUGAAUUUCUGGCGUUUCUGGCUUCGACAAGCAGAUCUCUGUUUUCUGAAUCUGCUGGUCGCUGAUCAGUUUGUGAGUUUAUGUGGAGGAACUGAAUUGUAUGCGGUUGUGAUUGGAUCAUACAGAAUCUUUGCUCCUGAGACUAAGAAGGAAAGACUGAGUAACAGAAGUUGCAUUGAUUUGGUUGAGAUGUCAAAGGUGGUUUACGAAGGAUGGAUGGUCAGGUAUGGGCGCAGGAAGAUUGGAAGAUCAUUUAUUCAAAUGAGAUAUUUUGUGCUCGAGUCUAGAUUGUUGGCGUAUUACAAGAAGAAGCCCCAAGACUAUGUGGUACCCACCAAGACUCUUCUUAUAGAUGGCAACUGUAGGGUGGAGGAUCGAGGAUUGAAGACACAUCAUGGACAUAUGGUAUACGUUCUGUCAGUUUACAACAAGAAAGAGAAGCACCACAGAAUUACGAUGGCAGCUUUCAACAUUCAGGAGGCACUCAUUUGGAAAGAGAGAAUUGAAUCUGUUAUUGAUCAGCAUCAAGAGUCACAAGCUAUGAGUGGUAACAAAUACCAGUCGUUCGAAUAUAAAUCUGGUAUGGACAAUGGGAGGACUGCUUCAUCAUCAGAUCGUGAGAGUCAGUUUAGUGCUGCUGAAGGUGAAGAAGAAUCUCACCAUGACCGUAUUAUAGCAAGUGAUACUGUGCUUCCUCAACUUCAGGUUGCAUCAGAUAAAGGGCUUUUCUCUAUUGUCUUUAAUCUGCAAGUUCCGGGAUCGACCCACUACAGCAUGGUGUUUUAUUUCGUUACAAAGGAGUUAUUACCAGGAUCUCUGUUGCAGAGGUUUGUUGAUGGAGAUGACGAGUUCCGCAAUAGUAGACUGAAGCUUAUUCCAUCAGUUCCUAAGAGUGUUGGGAGCACCCUUUGUAUACUAGGGAAGGCAGUUGACUGUAGUUAUAUCUGUGGUCCCAAGUACUUGGAAAUUGACGUUGAUAUUGGUUCUUCCACUGUGGCUAAUGGAGUAUUGGGCCUUGUAAUUGGCGUUAUCACGACACUCGUGGUUGACAUGGCCUUUCUUGUACAGGCAAACACCACGGAAGAGUUGCCCGAGCGGCUAAUAGGUGCAGUGAGAGCCUCUCAUAUUGAGUUAUCAUCGGCGAUUGUGCCAAGGCUGGAGUCUGAAAAUUGCGAAAUGGAGAUCCUGUUCAUACUUAAAAGACGAAUAUUUGCUGUGGGAGUGUACGCACUAUUGUAAUUUUCAUCUAUAUCUAUCUAUACUUAAAUGUCAGAUUUUAUUUUUUUCCUUUUUAUCAUAAAAAUAUAUUUAUUAUAAUAAUUAUUUUUCUCAUAAAAUAAUAAUGAAA